CGCAGUCAUCUCAUCAUCACUAAUCAACUUGUCCUCUGCGUACACCUAGCUUAGAGUUACAGAGAAGAUAGCGCUUGCUCCACGCUCGUCCCUGCGCUCCCUGGUGCUUCUCAUGUUGAGCGGGAAGCCAGGGCUGAGCUCCUCGUACUCCCCCGCCGUUCCGCCUACUCCGACCGCUCCAGCUGUGGCAGUCAUGUCUGACCCUCAGCGGAGGAAGGACGAAGGUGUUGCACACCCCCUUGCUGAUCGACCUAAUAGAAAGGGUGACGCCUUGAUCGACAGGUCUUUACCGUCCACUCCGGAGCACCCAGUUCCUGACUAUGGUUCAUAUACCAGCAAACCUGCAACUGCAUCUGACGUGACUCGGUCCAUAUCCUCCAACCUUGAAAAUGUUACACACCCACUUCCUGAUCCACCACGUCACAUAGGCCUUCUCCAAUCAAAACUGUAAUCACCGAGUCUUCACCGCACACUGCGGAGUAAGUCACAAAGGCGCCGGAAUGAAAAAUAUCGUAUUGUAUUGCGUAUGGGCAAAAUAAACUAGGCAGCUUCACUUACUUGCCCCCGUGUUGUACACCUAAUUCUUACUUCAUGUUGUUGUGAUGAAUAUAUACUUGUGUCGGAGUGGACA